AUGAGCAGAGCUCUGAGUUGCAUCGUUGUUUUGUUUGCCCAUUUAGUAUGGAUAUCCCAUGGGCGUCGCGGAUAUGGACCUGGAGAACAGGACUGGGGCCACAUCGAGGUCCGUCCUGGAGGUUACAUGUUCUACUGGCUCUUCUAUACAACAGGUGGGAAUAUUCCGAACUAUGCUGACCGACCGCUGAUCAUCUGGCUGCAAGGCGGGCCCGGUUCAGCCUCCACAUCUUAUGGUAACUUUGGGGAAUUGGGUCCCAUUGAUAUGGACAGUCAAAUGCGUCACUCAACUUGGGUAAAAGACUUCAACGUACUCUUCAUUGAUCAACCGCUGGGCACUGGCUUCAGCUAUCUGGAUAAUCACACAAAAUGCUCGGAGAACAACAGAGAACUGGGAAAGGAUCUGGUCAGCUUCAUGAAUGGUUUCUACAGCAGACACAGAGUAUUCCAAAAGGUUCCCCUGCACAUCUUCGGUCAGAGCUACGGGGCCAAGGUGGCGUCAGAGUUUGCACUCCAACUGCAGAAUGAAACAACUUCCAAACUGAUCUCCGUUAACCUGGUCAGUCCCUGGAUAUCACCUCUGCUCUCCGUUAUGUCCUGGGGGCGCAUCCUGCUCACAAUCGGUGCGAUUGACGACCAGUUGUACAGCGAUAUCCAUGAAGCCUCCCUCGAAGUUGGCCACUUGAUGAAAAGGAAUCUCUGGAGCGAUGCUACUAACCAGAUGUUCACAGUGCAACGGCUCAUAGCUGCUCAGGGAAUAGAUUUGUACAACUUUAUGGAACCUACGGAGAACACGGAACUUCGCGAGAACCAGCUUAUGAAUGGUCCAGUCAGAGUUGCCCUUAACCUAAGCGAAAGUCUUCAAUUCGAAAGCUUCAGCAACGUUGUCUUCGAGAGCCUCAGUAGCGAUUUCAUGAAAGCUGCUCUGACCACAGUUGAACAGCUUUUGGAAGGCACUUCCCUUAAAGUGAAUAUAAUUUCGGGACAGCUGGAUCUGAUUUGCUCUACCUUGAGCACCGUGCACUGGAUAAAGAGACUGAAAUGGAGCGGUAGAGGCGCCUACUCGAGUGCUCCCCGGGAAGCCAUCAUUGUAAGGGACAAGAUCGAGGGAUUCCAGAAGACAGGUGGAACUCUGACCAUGUUCUGGGUGAAAAAUGCUGGUCACAGUGUGCCCGUUGGAAACGCCAGAGCAAUGAGUGAGAUCCUGAAGACUCUAAGAGCAAUAAAAUAAUUUCGUGAUUCCCCC